AUGAAGGAACCUGGGUUCCUGGAAAAAAGGAUUGCGCCGCCGCCGCCUUCGGGGUCACCCAAGAUGUUGUUGAAAGAAGGGUCCUUCGACGGCGUCGCGGCGUCCUCCGCUUCGCUUCCUGUACCGGGCAGCAGCAGCGGCGGCCUCCGGAAGAAGAAGAGCCGCUCACUAAAAAGCCCUGUGGGUGAAACGCGUAAUGUUGGGUCUGGUGGUGUUGCUUCUGGCAGCGACGGCAACGAAAAAAUUGAAAAACCGCUUCGGAAAGUGAGUGUGUCCCAAACGGUGCCAGCCAUGCCGCCAGUGACUGCGAACUCCUCGCUUUCCUCGGACGAUCGUUCGGCAAUGAUCACCUAUGAGCCCCGGACUUGCUGGGCACAAAAGAGUCGACUCGGACGGCGUGGGAGCACAAGCAUUAAUGCUAUCAACCCCUUGAAUGGAACUGCUAGCAACACCUUGCACGGAGCCGAUUCAGAAGGCAGGACGGUGGAGUCGAUGCUCAAGAGUCAGAGGGGUGCUAGGAGCCUGCAGCCCUUGAAUCCCAACGGACAUCUCAGAAACAUCUGGGAUUUUGCUGGGGUUAUGAUCCUGGGCGUGGACUUGGUGCUGAUUCCCUUGCUCUUUGUGCAGCCGCGGCUAUAUGAGCUCUUCCCGUCCUUGGCCAUCGAGUCCAAAAUGGCUGUUUGCUAUUGGCUCCUGGAUUUUGCCCUGAGCUUCUUUACAGGAUACCUCGAGAAGGGCACCCUAGUGAUGGAUCUGCGAAAGAUCGCGUGUCGUUAUUUGAGCACCUGGUUCGUCCCGGACCUGACAGUGAACGCCAUCGACGUGGUGAUGAUCUUGGCAGAGUCCAUGAUCUCCAACGAUGAAUCGAUGCGAGCGAGUACUCGCCUUCUCCGCUUGCUGCGGCUCUCACGCGUGGUUCGCCUGGGCAAGUUGACGAAGUUUGCCUCCUUUCUGAGAGACAAGUUCGAGUCGGAAGUUACGUACACUCAGUUUUCACUCGUAAUAUUGAUUUUGGCUAUGUGCUUGUUGGAGCACAUCAUUGCAUGCGGUUGGUUUGGAAUCGGCUCUAUGGAAACUGAAAGCACGUGGCUCUCACGCUCCGAAUGGAGCGAUUCAUCCUUCACCCUGCAGUAUACCACGGCGCUACGUUGGGCCUUUUCUCAGCUGGGUGUGGGUGGAACCGAACUUGAAGCAGUGAACGAGAAGGAGGGCAUUUAUUCCAAUGUGGUGGCGUUGAUCUCCUUAAUCACCUUUUCCAGUGUGGUGAGCUCUAUGACCAGUCUGGUGAGUACUUUGCAGGGCCAAGGGAGAGAAGAGACGCAGCAGUUCAGUUUGCUACGACGCUUCUUGCGAGUGAAUCACAUCCCCGAAAAUCUCAGCCAUCGAAUCACGCGCUUCUUGCACUACACUUAUCAUGAACGCACGGCGAACGUGGACGACCCUCAGAUUCUGAUGUUCUUGUCCAAAUCGCUUCAUGCUGAGCUGCAAUUGGAGCGGCAUAGAGAGCAUAUCGACAAGAUCCAAUUCCUGCAUACUUUGCUGCACAAUCCUUCGAUCAGUUUUCAGGAGGGUCAAGUGAUGCAAACUUUGGCGCAGAGGGCCUUGAGUUCCCAUGACUUGGGGGAGGAUGACGUGGUCUUUUGUCACGGAAACCCGGCCACCUCGGCGUACCUUCUGCUCCAUGGUUCAAUGACCUACCGUCAAGUGGACAUGAAUGUCCAGCCCACGGGGGACUACUGGAUUUGUGAGAUGUGUCUUUGGACCCAUUGGAGCCAUUUUGGCGAUUUGCAUUGCCAGAGUUUUAGCCAUAUUUGCGCCCUCCAUGUCCAGGAGUUCUGCGAGGUGAUUUGCAGCAGUCCAACCGUCCAAGUGCAAGCACACAACUACGCUAAGGAUUAUAUCAACUGCAUGCACGCAGAGAAUGCCUGCAGUGACCUGUGGGUGAGCGAACUCCAAGUCGCGAAGAACUCGUCCUUGCGAGGCGAUGACUGGAUGCGGAGCAAAUGGACCAGUUGGGUGAAAGGACCCGCAUCGCCGUCCUCACACCAAGCCUCCCCACGCCUGAUGUCGCAGGUAGUGCCACAAUGAUUUUCCAAUCCCCAACCUUGCACCGGAGACUGAUAAUGCAUCCACGAUGAUCCGUUGCAGAUUGAUGGGCAGCAACUGGGUUGCCCGAUUCCAC